ACAAAAGGCAUACAGAUCUGCAACCACAAUAUGAAAUGGAGUUGUUAAGAGAUUAAUCCAUAGCAGCCAAGACCUCUCGGAACGAUAGCUUUCCGCCAUCAAUAGAAAAGGACACUUAUGAUCAUUUCGUCUCAGUUUUAGUCUCCUAACCGUCGAAGCAAUAACACGCGCUUGGUGACUUUGCCACCAAAGACCUUCAACACCAGAAAAUUGAAUAUCAUUCGGAAUUACGAAAAAAUGCCUAAAGCUUUCCUGCUAAAGAGGACCUUCAUGAAAGCGGAUGCCUUAGAGUGGCCCUCUCCCCUAAGUCCUCAUAGAGUGAACGCAAAGGUCGACAGUGAUGUAGGCAAGGGGUUUCGUUCAAAGAUUUUACGGGAAAACAAGGCCGAAAAAGUAGAUGUUGUCUCGCAGCGUAAAGGAAAGUUUUCUUAUCCUGCUGAUGUGUGUGUUGGCGGCUCUUUGGAUAACACGGCCAAAAAUUUGUCCUUGGAAACUGAUUUCAUUAAUAAUAAAAAGAAUCCGUCUGGUUGCAUAGAUGCCGCAAGAAAUCAUUCAAAAGAUGUCAGGCUGAAGUAUGGAGAGAAGAGCAAACGAUGCAGAACGUACGAUGAUUCAGACAGCAGUGUACACUUCUCCAGCAGUGGCGAAGAAGAUGAACCUCAAACAAACUGUAUUGGAAUUAAUAAAGCGGGUAAACAAAAAGCCAAUCAGAUUAAGAAAGACCGGGCCAAUAAAGCUAUUCAUCGGUGUGAUCAAUGUGGGAAGAUUUUCAAAACGAAAUACACACUUUCUAUUCAUCUUAAAAUGCCAGACCACACCGAGAGUCGUCCGUUUGUGUGUAACAUUUGCGGCAAGGGUUUUCGAUUGUCAAGCACGUUAUGUCGGCACAAAAUCAUCCACACUCAAAAGAAGCCUCACAAGUGCGACACUUGUAACAAGUCCUUCAACAGAUCGUCAACGCUUAAGACUCAUAUUCGAACACACAGCGAAAAAAAAGCUUUCGUUUGUGACAUAUGCGGAAAAGGAUUCCACCAAAAGGGGAAUCUACGUAACCAUAUCAUGAUUCAUACCGGAGAAAAGCCAUUCAAAUGUACAAAAUGCCAACGUGCGUUCAACAAAAUGUCCAACCUAAAGUUCCACAUGCACACUCAUACUGACAAUCUACCGUAUCAAUGUAAAGUCUGCAGGCAAAGAUUCUCCAAGAAACAUGAACUCAAACAACACAACGAUGAAGCACAUGCAUGAUAAAAAAUCACUUAAAAGAAAACCGACAGAAAGAAGUAUACAAUUUUUUUCCAUAAAAAAAAGGAAGAUUCGAUCCUUUCGGUCUUCGUCGCUCGCUUGAGCGUUAGAAAUGUUUUCGUCUUUUGUAGAAGAAGAAAAAUCCAUGGUUAACAAAGCACAAAUUGUGCUAAUGUUUACUAUUUUCUAAAGUCGUUUAUACUUUUCCUAGCAGGUCCUUAAUGAGGAGUGUACAAACAUAUAAUAGACACACGAAUUGGCUAUUGUAGAGGCACUGAGUGGGCUGGAAAUGCAUAUACAAUUAUUCUAUCUAGCCACCGAUAUAAAUUAUUGGAAAUAAGGUUAUCGAUAUGAGGUCCCAAAAUAUACCUGACUUAAAAUUGAAAUUUACUUGAAGAAUUUUUAAACCUCGCGAAAAAAAUCCUAAAAGUAUGUCAUUUUAGAUCUCCUUUUAAAUUAGCCACACUUUUAAAAGUGGUAAUCGCGUUGUUUUGAGACAGAAAUGAAAUUUGCCUAAAAUUAAUGAAAAGCACUAUUAAAUCUAUUAAAUUUUUCUCUGGUAACUUUGAUGCAUGGAGUGGCCAAGUAAGGCCAUUAAACUUCGCUAGAUAAAAUAAUUUAAUUUCAAGACGAUUAUAUUCGACAUAUAUUGAUAUCUUUUCCAAAUAUUUAUUCACGAAUUUUUUACAAAAUAUUUGAACUGACUUUCAAAUUAAGGGGCAUGAAGUUAGAGUUGAUGGUGUUUACUUUACAACACGUCUUGCAUGAAAAGAUUUUAAAUUUUUUGUGAAUAAAAACGCAUGAAGACUUUCGGCUUUUCAAUAAUUAAUCGUAUCUUGAAUCCAGAACUGCUAUAUAAGCUAAAUUGAGGAAUCUUAUAUUUCGAAAUAUUUAUACUAUUAUGCAUGCUUUUUGCAUUCCUUCUUCGCAAUUCUUAUGAAUUUCUUACAGUCUUCUACUAUGUGAAGACAUUCUGUAAAAUUUUUACAGAUAUUUUUUAGGAACUACAGCAUUCAAAGCACUUGUACCUUUGCUCUAUGAAAUCACCAAACCCUAAUAAAUAUAAUAUUUCAUACAGA